UAUGGCGUUUGGCCAUUUCGAGGGUUAAACUCAAAACUCAAAACGACAUCAGACGCAUUGGUCCACUACUUCCACGAACGCAAAACCUGAUAAAAUAUGGCAUCGCCAGCUUGGUUAACACAGGAAAUGCAGCCAUCAACUCCUCAAGCAACUGUACCUGGUCUACCUGCUGGAGUGUCAUCUGGUGGCCCUUCAACUCCAACUGCGGCUGCUCCUGCUCCUGCUCCAGGUGCAAACACACCUACCUCAAAGGGUUCAAUUUCUACUGCAAGUGGUUCAGUGCAAGGACCUGCCCAAGCAAGAUUUGCUAGUGCACCUGGCUUUGCCGUUCCUGCACCUUCAUUCUCUUACAGUGUGUUUCCAAAUGCUACCACCCCUUCUGGAAGCUCUCAACAGUCAUCAUCUACUUCUGUCAUUAACUCAGAUCCACCUGCGUCUCCAAUGGUGGUUCAACCGCCGGUUACAGGCCUGUCUUCAUCUGCUGCCCCCUCUUUUUCCUAUAACAUUUCACACAGUAGUGUUCAUUUCCAUAGUAAUCGGGAGUUUCAAUCUAGUGCGAACACAUCGGCUGCUGUGGCACAAGAAGCUGGUAAUUUUUCAUCUGCAUCAACUUUCUCUGAGUCUGUUUCAUUGCCUGCUGAUACUUCUUCAAGUUCUACAAUUCCUGUAUCUUCAACUCCUAACUUGAUCCAAGCAAUCUCGUGGAUGCCCUCUGCCCCAUCUUUUUCUAUGCCAACUGGAAUGCCUGGAACUCCUGGGACACCUGGACCCCCUGGAAUAGCAACGUCUGCUCCAAUUUCCUCUAAUCGGACCUUUCCAUCUGCUGUUAUGGAUUCUUCUUCAGCUGUCCUAAGACCCACUAUGCCAACAGCCCCUAUGAUAUCAAAUUCAACUGUUCAGCCUCAAAUGUGCACUCCCUAUGCAUCGUUUCCUGCUAUGGCUCCUCCCCCUCAGGGAAUCUGGUUGCAGCCACCACAGAUGGGUGGCAUACCUAGGUCACCGUUCCAAGCAUACCCUACUGCUUUUCCUGGUCCCUUUCCUUUGCCGGCACGUGGCAUGCCUCUCCCUUCUGUUCCUCUACCUGAUUCUCAACCUCCCGGUGUUACUCCUGUGGGAACUGCACUAGCAAUAUCUGUGUCUUCUGCUGCUUCUGGUCAUAUGCUGGCUGGAACUUUGAAGACGCAGACAGAAUUACCUCCUCCUGGUAUUGAUAACAGGAAACAUGUAGAGGAAGUUGGAACCCACGGUGGAGCUGCUGUCAAUGAACAAUUAGAUGCCUGGACUGCCCACAAGACUGAAGCUGGAGUUGUAUACUAUUAUAAUGCUCUGACUGGAGAAUCCACUUAUGACAAACCUCCUGGCUUUAAAGGGGAGCUUGAUAAAGUUCUUGUGCAGCCGACUCCAGUUUCAAUGGUCAAUAUAACUGGUACAGAUUGGGUAUUGGUCACCACAAGUGACGGCAAAAAAUACUACUACAACAGCAAAACGAAGAUUAGUAGCUGGCAGAUCCCUUGUGAAGUGACAGAAUUGAAAAAGAAGCAGGAUGGAGACACAUUGAGAGAACAUUCAAUAUUGUUACCACAUGCUAAUAUAUCAACUGAAAAAGGAUCUGCUCCAAUCAGUUUAAAUGCUCCUGCCAUUAACACAGGUGGUCGUGAUGCUAUGGCUCUUAAAACCUCGAUUGUGCCAGGAUCAUCUUCUGCGCUGGACUUGAUAAAAAAGAAGUUGCAGGACUCUGGAGCUCCUGUUACUUCCUCACCUGGUCCUGCAUCAUCAGGAAAUGUUACAUCAGAGUUAAAUGGCUCGGGAGCAGUUGAUACCACAGUUAAAGGUCUGCAAAGUGGGGAUAGCAGAGAUAAGCAAAAAGAUGCUAAUGGGGAUGGUAAUAUGUCUGAUUCGACCUCAGAUUCAGAGGAUGCAGACAGUGGACCAACAAAGGAGGAGUGCAUUAUCCAGUUUAAGGAAAUGCUUAAGGAACGAGGAGUGGCACCAUUCUCAAAAUGGGAGAAGGAAUUGCCGAAGAUAGUGUUUGAUCCACGAUUCAAGGCAAUUCCAAGUUAUUCUGCUAGGAGGUCAUUGUUCGAACACUACGUCAAAACACGUGCUGAGGAGGAACGGAAGGAAAAACGAGCAGCCCAGAAGGCUGCAAUAGAAGGGUUUAAGCAGUUACUGGAUGAAGCAUCAAAGGAUAUUGAUCACGAUACUGAUUAUCAAACUUUCAGAAAGAAAUGGGGCAGUGAUCCUCGGUUUCAAGCCUUGGACCGCAAGGAUCGAGAGCAUUUAUUGAAUGAAAGGGUCCUUCCUUUAAAGAGGGCUUCUGAAGAAAAGGCUCAAGCACUACGUACAGCUGCUGCCACCAGUUUUAAGUCCUUGCUUAGAGAUAAAGGAGAUAUAACUAUUAAUUCCCGAUGGUCCAAGGUGAAAGAUAGUCUAAGGAAUGAUCCAAGAUACAAAUCUGUUAAGCAUGAGGACAGGGAGGUUAUAUUUAAUGAGUAUAUAUCUGAACUUAAGGCUGGAGAAGAGGAAUCAGAACGAGAAGCAAAAGCCAAAAGGGAGGAGCAGGAAAAACUGAAGGAAAGGGAGCGAGAAUUCCGGAAAAGAAAGGAAAGAGAAGAACAGGAGAUGGAGAGGGUGCGAGUGAAAGUUCGCAGGAAGGAGGCAGUUUCAUCUUUCCAGGCUUUACUUGUGGAAACAAUUAAAGACCCACAGGCAUCUUGGACGGAAUCUAAGCCUAAAUUGGAGAAGGAUCCGCAAGGACGUUUAAUCAACCCUGACUUGGAUCCAUCUGACACAGAAAAGCUCUUCCGGGAACACAUAAAGAUGCUGAAUGAGCGAUGCGUACACGAGUUCAGAGCUUUGCUAGCUGAAGUCUUGACUGCUGAAGCAGCUUCCCGGGAGACAGAAGAUGGGAAAUCAGCCAUCAAUUCGUGGUCGACGGCUAAACGUCUUCUAAAGCCUGAUCUGAGAUAUAACAAGAUGCCAAGGAAAGAGAGGGAAGUCUUGUGGCGGCGGUAUGCUGAUGAGAUGCUACGGAAGCAAAAGUUAGCUCUUGAUCAGAAGGAAGAAAAACAUGUAGAGUCAAAAGGUAGAAGCUCUGUUGAUUCAGGGAGGUUUCUGCCUGGGUCAAGAACCCACGAGCGAAGAUAGUCAUUUUAGUUAGAAACUAGGAUUUUAAUUUUCUUUUCUUUUCUUUUAUCCCAUAACUCCUCUUAGCUUCAUUUUUAUUCUCUUUUUUUCUGAUUGAGGGGGGUCAGUCUGAAUUACUUUGCGAAACAAGUUGUAUUAUAUCAAGUAAAAUGGAACGAUUUAAUCCAUGUAUUUAUCGGAUGCUACUUGCAUACUUUUUGUAUCAGUGACAUAAUAAUUUCAAUUUUCAUUUCCUUGGGGUUAAAUUUGGUUUUA